AUGGUCAACUCCGUUGCUAUUCUGGCUCUUGCCAGCCCGGCCUUCGCCGGUCUCAUGCAGGCUCGUGGCGAGCAAUUCGUCCGUCCCGCCGCUCAGAGCUCUGCUGCUGUUGCUGCCCCUGCCCAGGCUGAGGGUUGGGGCGAGAGCUGGUCCAAGCCCGCUGAGCACGUGUCGACUCACGACUCCUGGAGCAAGCCCACUGAGUCGUGGACAACCCCGUGCACCACCUCGACCACCACCCCGGUGCACCACACCACCACCACCCCGGUGCCCACCACCACCCCGUGCACCACCUCGACCACCCCAGUGCCCACCACCCCUUGCACCACCUCGACCAAGCCUCACGUCCCCGUGAAGCCUGGCACCACCAAGACGCUCACCUAUGUGACCACCACCUGCCCUGUCACCUCGUCUACCGUCACCUCUGGCUCUAAGACCUUGACUGUUCCCGUCACCGGAACAAGCACCAUCACCAUCACCAAGACCACCGUCUGCACCAUGUGCGAGAACGAGAAGCCUGUGACCUUCCACAAUGCUACUCAGCCCGCCACCGGCCCCACCGCAGGCCCCACUGCCCCCGUUGUGAAGCCUACCGGACAUGUUGUGGUCCCUGAGAAGCCCCACCCCUCCAAGCCCGCUGAGACCAAGCCCGUCGAGCCCAAGCCCGUUGAGACCAAGCCCGCUGUCCCUGCUCACUCCCAGCCCGCGGCCUCCAAGCCCGCUGUCCCGGUUCACUCCCAGCCCGCGGCCUCCAAGCCCGCUGUCCCGGUUCACUCCCAGCCCGCUGUCUCCAAGCCUGCUCCUUCCAAGCCUGCUGAGACCCAGCCCGCUGCCCACCCGUCCACCCCUGAGACCCCCGAGACCCCCUCUAUCCCUGAGCAGCCAGGCUCCUCCCCCUCCUCCAACGAGUUCACCGGUGCUGCCUCCAACGUCAAGCCCGUUGCUGGCCUCCUUGCCGGUGUUGUUGGUCUCAUGGCUCUCCUGUAA